GGCAGAGCCGGCAGGGGCAGUCGGCAGGGGCAGUCAGUGGACAGAGCAGCGCGGGAGUAGAGCUUAGCAACUUCGCCGUAGCAUAAUUGAAUGGAGCACCGCCUCCCGCGUUCCGACUUGCCAAGAUGAGUUCGAAAUUCGACGGCUUGCUGAUCCAGCUUGGGACCGGCAAGUGGAAUCUGCUCUACUUCAUCGCGUCCUCGUACUGGUGCCUCCUUGUGCCGCCGCAGUUCAUCAACGGGGUUUACGUGGCACCGUCCAUCCCCUACUCAUGCCGCCCGCCGCCCGACGUCAACGUUACUUCUGUGUCCGAGAACUCGUGCAAGUACUCCACCAACGGGUCUUCAGGCGUCGAGGAGGAGCUCCCUUGCACCGAGUGGGACUUCGAUACCUCCGUCUUCACCUCCACGCUGACGUCCGAGUUUGACCUGGUGUGCGAGCGAGAACACCUUCAGGCUACGUAUCAAGGGAUCUACAUGCUGGGGACCUUCGUCAGCCCGCUCCUGGGUGGCUACUUGGCAGACAGGUACGGACGUCUAGUGGUUGUGAUCAUAACCCAGGCGGUUGUGACAGUAACUUCCGUGGGCAUCGUCUUCCUGUCCGACUUCACUCUUAUCUUAGCCGUUCGCUUCGUCAUGGGCUCCGUUAACCUCCUCACUUUCUUCGUCCUGGCUAUGGAGGUGUGUGAGCCAAAGCAUCGUUCUACCGUGGGCAUUUUGAUCGGCCUGCCAUGGGCACUGGGUACCAUGUGGUGGGGCAUGAUGGCGUAUUUCAUUCGUGACUGGAGAUGGCUACAGCUCGCCGUGUCUCUCCCGACGCUGCUGGUCUUCCCGUUCUUGUACAUGAUGGACGAGUCCCCGCGGUGGCUCAUCGUCCGAGGACACCACGAGAAGGCCCUGAAGGUCCUGCAGAAGGCCGCCCGAUGGAACAAGGCGACCUUACCGCCUGCGAGUAACCUCUACGCCCUCAUGUCUGACAUCCAGAGGAGUCCACGACAGCGAAGCACAAACCUAAAGCAGGAGAUAAAAGUAAGAAAUGCAGAUUCCUCAGCGUGCCUGCUUUAUUCAGCACCCGCGAGAUCGCCACCAUCACGGCCGUCGUCUGCCUGGACUUCUUCGCCGUGUCCCUGGUGUUCGACGGCCUCAACCUCAGCGGCGCCAACUUCAGUGCCGACCCCUUCCUCUACAUCAUCCUCGGGGGCCUGAUGGAGGUGCCCGGGUACUCCCUGACGGCGCCCCUCAUACAGCGCUGCGGCAGGCGGUGGCCCACGUCCGCCAGCUACCUCAUCUGCGGCGUCUUCAUCCUCGCGCUUGCCUUUAUACCUACUGACAUCCCCUGGCUGGUGAUGACGCUGGCCAUGUCGGGGAAACUGUGCAUCAGCGGCGCCUACCAAAUCGUGUACGUUUAUUCGACCGAACUCUUCCCGACGGAGGUGCGGUCGCAGGGCAUCGGGGCAGCU